GCAAUGAUUAGAAAUCUGGCAUUUAUAAAAUCAGCAGAAAAAUACAAGUUAAUUAACAAAAAGAAGCUAACAGGAGAGUUGAAGUUUUUUGUAAAAAUAAUUUAAAGUUUCAAAUCAAAAAAGUGUCUACAAUCCAUUGAAAACUCAUUCAUUGUGCAUACACAGUAAUGUUGAAAUUCUCUAUUUUCUUAAUUUUCUUCGUUUAUUACUAAUCUUUGCAAGUGGUGCGAUGCCUCAUCUAUACCUUUGAACAUCUGCGGUCUAAAGUAGACUUUGGGAUCCCUAAUUCCUACUAUAUAAAAAAUAAAAAAGAUGUUUUUAUUUUUAAGCAUAAUAGUGAUUUGUUUUUUACUGACUGUUGCCAGAGACAUUGUAAAACUGUUUCGAAUCUCUUCAAGAAUCUCACGCCACUACAAUGUGACUACAAAUCCAUUACAAGAUGUACUAAACAAGGCCAAAGCGGAAAGGGACGCUAUUCUAAAUGAAACAGAACAAGAUCGCUAUGUCAGACAAAUCAAGCUUAUGAGGGCAGAAGACAAAAUGAUGGAGGCUGAAAAAAAAAUCAAAAAGGUGCAGAGGAAAAAGGAGUUGGAGUCCUACUAUGUAGAGCUUGUGGCUGGAUACGCAUUUAAGACCAUCUUGUACUUGAUACUAGCCUUUAUAACGAUUAGGAAUCGGUAUAAUCCUGUUAUGACAUUUGGCGAGGACAUUAAUUUACAACCUUUGCAGGGCUUGUUGAGUUUUCCAACGGGCGUUCCCAAUGCAAUAUCCGUUCCCAUUUGGGGACUAUCCUGCAAUGUUAGCUUUAAAUUGAUAACUGAUUUGGUAAAACAGCAACUAAGUAAACCAAAGAUUAAAUGAAACGAUAACUAUGAUCGAUUAAUGGUUUUAUAAGUUGUGGCUAUUAAAGCCCUUAAUUAUUUACUAGUACAUAGGUACUAGUGUAAAGAAUAGUUAAAACAUUUUUAUUGUAUGAAUACCAAAUAAAUUAUUUUCUUAUUUUA